GGUCUCCGGCGGCGUAUAACGUGUGUACAGUAUAUCGCGAAACUGCAAUAAUAAUUAAACUUUUGUUUUUAUUAUUUUUAACAGUUUUUUUUUAUUCAAUUUUGAUAUUUUACAUCACAGUUAACAAAGUGCUGACUGCAAUUAAGAUAUCUAUCGAGGAUGACGUCGAGAUGUGUGGUGUCUUUGAAUGUGGUCUUUAGGACGUUAUGUCAGAGUACAAAAUACACUAACAGCUCCGUGAGAAGAAAAAGUCUGUGGACACAGGACCGGGUGCUCACGUCGCCCCACAAAAAUAUAAAUAUUCCAAAUUGUACCCUGAACGAGUUCGUGUGGGAGAAUCUGGACAAAUGGCCGGAGAGGACUGUUGCUGUGUGUGCAAUAACAGGCAGAGGCUACACAUACGAGCAAGCUUUUUACUUAUCCAAUGCGUUCGCCGCCAACCUUCGGACUAAGUUCAAGAUCGUCGAUGGAGACGUUGUUUCGGUCAUGUUGCCCAAUAUCCCCGACUAUCCGCUGGUAGCCAUGGGCAUUUUAGAAGCCGGAGCCGUGAUUUCGUCUAUAAACCCUAUUUACACUGCUCAUGAAGUUCAUCGCCAGCUGUUAGUAUCGAAUGCUAAAGUUGUAGUCACAUUGCCUGAAAUAUCGAAUAUUGUUAAGGAAGCUUUUAAACUGGCUAAAAUAGAUAUACCAAUAAUAGUAAUAAAAACGAAUGGAGAUCCAGCACCUGAAGGGACAGUACUGUUCAAUGAAUUAUCUGAAGAUGUCCACGUGGACACGUCUUGUUUGAAGAAAGUGAGGAGAAGUAACAAUGACGUGUGCUUCUUACCGUAUUCGAGUGGCACUACGGGCUUGCCGAAGGGAGUGGAGCUGUCGCAUAGAAAUAUAGUUGCGAACUGCAUUCAAAUCAGUGAACCAGCGAUAAAACAACACAACGAGACGACCAAAACACACCAAGACGUGGUUAUGGCGGUGCUCCCAUUUUUCCACAGUUACGGGGCGACGGUGACGAUGUUCCACAGGAUGGUGGUCGGUGGCAAGAUUGUGACAUUAGCAAAGUUGCAACCAGAGCAGUUCUUACAGAGCCUCGAGAAAUACAAGGCGAAUAUUUUGCACAUUGCGCCACCUUUAGGAUUGUUAAUGACGUCCCACCCCGCUGCUUCACCGAAGAUUUACCAAUACUUAGAGGUGAUACUAAACGGAGCGGCGCCAUUUGCUGGCUCAGAUGCCAAUAGAUUACUGAGUAAAAUUCAGCGUAAAAUAGACUUUCGACAAGGGUACGGCCUGACUGAGACGUCGCCAGUGGUCUCUUUACCAAUCAUAGGAUCGGAGCAUUACUCGUCCGUCGGUAAUCCAAUGCCCAGUACCGAAGUCAGGAUUGUUGAUAGUAAUUUGAAAAAUUUGGGCCCUAACGAGACAGGAGAGCUCCUAGUACGAGGCCCUCAAGUAAUGCGUGGUUACAAGAACAACCCAGAAGCCAAUAGAGAGACCUUCACCGAGGACGGCUGGUUCAGGACCGGGGACAUGGCUGUGGUCGAUGAUAACGGAGACAUCACGAUUGCUGAUAGAAUUAAGGAAUUGAUAAAGGUCAAAGGCUUCCAAGUUCCACCGGCGGAGCUGGAAGGCGUGUUACGUGACCAUCCAUCCGUACUCGACGUGGCUGUCAUUGGUGUACCACAUCCGACCAACGGCGAAGCGCCCAAAGCGUUUGUCGUACUCAAAAAUGGGCAAAAUGCGGACACAAAAGACAUAUGCAACUUUGUCAACGAGAGAGUGGCCUCAUACAAGAGGCUCAACGAUAUUGUCUUCCUGGACAGCAUACCGAAGAGUUUGUCAGGAAAGAUUUUGAGGAAAGACUUGAAGGCUAAAUAUUGUUGAGUUUUAUUAUUCAUUGUUAUUGUUAUAUACUGUAUAAAUACUCCGUUGGACAAGUAUAGACUGUCUACCAUAACAUGGCACGUUCUUCUUAAAUUCAAAGAAUUAGAAAAAAAUUACAAGAUUUCGACCAAGGAAUAUAUAUAUAUAUAAUACUCCUCAAUAAAAUACUAUUCUAUUUUAUUCCUCUCUGAAGAUGUUUCCUAACAAACAUAAAUAGAUCACGUCUGUACAUACAUUGAGGUAAAGAGUUGGAGAGGCAUGCCAUGUUAAGGUAGACAUUCUAUACUUAUUCUGUGACUGAAAUUGUCAGGGACCAAAAUAUUAUUUUUUUUAUUAUAAGAUAUAGCAAUACGAUAUAAUAAUUAAUUUUAAUAAUUUUGUAUUGUAUUAUUAAGUAGAGUUUAUAUAAUUUUUAUAUAAUUAACAGAUUUUAAUAAUUUUGUAUUGGAUUAUGUCCCUUUCGUGUUUAUAUAAAGCAGUUUUUAUAUUCUGUAUUUCGGUUUGAAUGGUGGGAUAUGGCAGUGAAUUUACAUGGUACAGAGGAAUAACACCUGAGUCCUCAGGAAUGGCAUUGCAUGGGAGGGUAUCAUGAGCAAAAUAGUAUACUCUUUUAUGUCCAUGGUACUGCUCAUGUUUAUAGGCGACGGUUACCACUUUCCAACAUUUUUGUGGUCCAAUGACUACCGGAAAACCUAUGAACAAAGGAAUUAGGAACUCCACUAAGAAAUAAAUAAAACUGACAGGAAAUGGAAGUAUAAACGGAAUGAAAGAAUGGAUGGAAAGGAAGAAAACUAAGGAAACUAGCUAAAUAAUUAAAAGUAAUAGAUGCAUAACCUGGAACUUAAUAUCCGGGAAAAAGCGUCCUCCUAAGGGGGAACCACAAUAAAAAAAAAACAACUGCUUCACGGUUGAAACACGAAUGGGACAGAGGUGAUCAAGCAAUCGACUUUUGUACAAAGUCUCCCUCUGGUAAGGUAAAGUAAGUUCAUAUGUGGUCUGGAUAAACUUUUCGUAGGUUUAGUUUAGUUGUGAAUAUAAAAUUAUGUUGUACGCAGAGUUAUUUGACCAUGUUUGUUAUUUUAAUACUGAUUUGGAAUAUUCUAUUAUAUUUUUAUAUAAAUAAAAUAAUUUGUAUUCCAA